GUUCGCGUGCGCACUGCACAGUAAGGGAGGCGCCGCCACAGCAGCCAGAUGAAAAGCGACGAUAACUGCGCGCCGCUUCAUUGGCUGCUCAACUAGGAGAGAGCAGUUUCGAACUGAGCGGCUUGUAUGGACAGAGUGGUGUUCGGAAAAUAAAUAAACCGGGCUUGAAAAAGAAGGCGCGUUGAGGAGUUCACGAGAAGGAGACAAGCUGACACGUGCGUACAGAUCGGUGGCGUUACAACUUGAGCUGUUGUCAUGCCUGAGGGAUCUCUCACUAGCUCCCAUGAGGUGCCCAAGUGUGAUGAAUCCUCUCGGUUGUCUACAGCUUCAUCAGUGAGCAGCAAUGAGAGAAUGUCCACAGUUUCUGUCUCUGACGGUGGUACGUCAGGUAGUGCAGACUCGGAUUCUGCUGAACGGCCUGUAAGCCUGGCAUCCACAUUGUCUUUGGAAUCCUCUCGAGAUGGUCAAAGCCUGUACGGAAGCACUGGAGUACUGUUGACCAAUAUAAGUGAACCUGUGAUAGGAGAAUCAAAUGUCAUUUACUUAGAACAUGCUUCUAAACCAGAAAUGGAAUUACAUGACUGGAUGAUGGGUGUUGGAGAGGCACAACACGAAACAUCAGUCUCACCGAGGGCCAAUAACUCAUACAAUAACAACAACCAUCUUUGUAAUAGAGGCAGCAUGGAGAACUCUAGUAGAACAGCUCCCGUCUCGCCCUUUGCUGCUAAGGCCAUGGCCCCCAACCCCCAGCUGUCCUAUGUGGAUCGGGUGGUAGUUGAGAUCAUUGAGACAGAACGCAUGUAUGUUCAGGAUCUUCUUAGCAUAGUGGAGGAUUACCUGGCCCAUAUCAUCGACACUCCUGACUUGCCCAUUAGAGCAGAACAAGUGUCUGCCCUCUUUGGUAAUAUUGAAGAUAUCUAUGAGUUCAACAGCGAAUUGCUCCAAGCAUUGGACAUGUGUGAAAACGACCCAGUAGCCAUUGCUCAGUGUUUUGUAGACAAGAGAUAUGACUUUGAUAUCUACACUCAGUACUGCACCAACUACCCCAAUUCUGUUGCUGCUUUGACUGAAUGUAUGAGAAACAAGAUCUUGGCCAAAUUCUUUCGUGAGAGGCAAGCUUCUCUGAAGCGUUCUCUCCCUUUAGGGUCUUAUCUCUUGAAACCUGUUCAGAGGAUCUUGAAAUAUCACCUUUUGCUUCAGGAAAUUGCAAAACAUUUUGACUCUCAGGAAAAAGGUUAUGAUGUUGUGGAGGAGGCAAUUGAUAGCAUGACAGGGGUGGCUUGGUACAUCAAUGAUAUGAAGAGGAAGCACGAACAUGCUGUCAGACUCCAGGAGGUUCAGUCUUUGCUGAUCAAUUGGAAAGGUCCUGACCUAACAACAUAUGGGGAACUUGUUCUUGAAAGCACUUUUCGACUUCAUCGGGCCAAAAAUGAGCGGACUCUUUUUCUUUUUGACAAGAUUUUGCUCAUCACUAAAAAGCGAGGAGAGCAUUAUGUCUACAAAACACACAUUUCAUGCUCCACUCUGAUGAUGACAGAAAAAGCAAAGGAUUCCCUCACUUUCAGUGUUAUGCACUACAAACGUCCUAAACAGCCUUUCACUUUGCAGGCCAGGACCAUUGAAGAGAAGAAGCUGUGGACACAUCAUAUUAAGAGGCUUAUUCUGGAAAACCACCAAGCUCUCAUUCCACAAAAGGCUAAGGAAGCCAUCUUGGAAAUCAAUUCAAUCUAUCCUUCUAAAUACAAGUACAGUCCAGAGAGGUUAAAAAAAUCCUGGUCUAGUGACUUCCCUGAGGAUGGCAGAGCAGCCAAUCAGAAAGGCAGACGGCAGUCAGAUCCUCCCAAGCACAUACUACCAACUGUAAAAGCUGUUCUCAAGCACGCAGACAGUGAAGGGUCACUUGAAACCACAAUGGGAAUCCUGCACUCUGGGGGCAGUGCCAGCACCCUGUGCUCCAGCCUAGGAGACACUGAGAUUGAAAGACCUAGCGUGGAGGAGGAGGAGGAGGAGGAGGAUGAGGAAGGGGCAGACUGCGAAGAGAUGAGCUUCAGUAAAGAGUCUCUUGACCAUCUUAAUCCUAGUGAAGAGCCCAGGCUUAGGCCCCUGGGCUCAGCCUGCAAGGCUGAGGAAGCAGAGUCUGAUGAGGACGAGAUACUUUUGGGGGACGACCAGGUAGCAGACUUUGCCAGUUCUAUGUUGGCGGCGAUCUCCUGCUGGCAUUAUAGGGCCAGGGCUUUGCUUUCUGCUCGGUUUACAACGGCUGAAGAUGGGUCUGAUCAGUCAGAAGGAAGCCAUUUCAUGGGUCAAAAUAAUGUGCCAUGUGAUAAAGGAAAGCUGUAUGGUGAUUCUGAGUCCAGAUCACUGACAGACCAGAUUCCUGCGGAGUCUGAACAGGCACUUGACAGAGAAUCUUCAGUGAAAAACAUGACUGGAGUUUUAGACGAAGCCCAUCCAGCAGAUACUGAACGCACAGAUAAGCCCGUCCUUUUAUCACCGACAGAGCAUCCUAAUUUUGUGCCAUACGACCUAGAGGAGCUGCCAGAAUCUACGCCGUUUGACCCAGUAGAAGAAACCAAGAGUGGAUCUGAAUCUUCUGAGGAUGAGGAAGCAGGGUCUGAACAUGAGCCAAAUUACAUCUUACCCCCUUCUGUUCUGGAUAAGGCGGGUGCCAUUGCUGAACGAUUCCUGACCAGCCUCUCCAGACGUGGCAGCGUGAUCCUUGAUGACUGCAGGUCAGUUGGCUGCUCAUCACCAAGGCUGACUAGCAGAAGCAACAGUGCUCUCAGCUUAGAAGCUAUAGAGAGGGCGCAGAGACACAUUAGCACUUCUUCUGAGCCCACUAGUACUUUGGUCUGCCAAGAUGUGACAGCCCUGAAAGCCGCAUCCAGCCAGGAGAACAUGUUGUCCUUAUCUCCAACAUCUGAUAAUCUCUUUGGGUUUGAUAAGUCCAUUAACAGAAGACGAGACUCUACAUUGUCAAGGAGUGACCGCCUUCUUAUCAAUAAGAUUAAAACUUACUAUGAACAUGCAGAAAACCAAGAUGCCAGUUUUAGUAUCAGACGUAGAGAAAGCCUCUCCUAUAUCCCAGCAGGAAUGGUCAGGAACUCCGUUUGCAGAUUCAACAAUAUUCCUAAGGAGGAUCCUCCAUCGGAGCCUGUAAUACAGAAGGCUGAAGACAGUACAGCUAAAAGUACCAGUAACCCCAUUAGCAGACCAUCUUCGUGGACUGAGUCUUCUCAUUCAGACUUUACCAAGGAGUUACCUUGUAAAGUUGUGAGUAGAGAGAAGGAUGAUGCCAAAAUUCUUAAAAAUAAUGAUACUGAGCCAUAUUUUAAUGAAGGUAAAAGCCGGGAGCCAGAUUCAAAUGAGAAUUUUUACUCUUCAAGUGAUAUGAUCAAGGUGUGGGAAGAAAUGGAAAGAGAGAUUAAUGGAACAGAGAGAGGAGUUUCACAGAAUAAUGUCCCACUUGAUGUCUGUGGCCCUGGAAGUUUCAACUCCCACCUUCCAUAUAAGAAUUCUCACCUUGAGUACAGUGAACCACUCACGAUUUGUGAAGAGAGUGACCUAAGUACCAUAACAGAGGAGUCGUCUGAAAAGUCUCCAACCAAGACUUUCCAAAGGGAAAGUGAGAGGCACGUGGGAAGGACCUCAAGGGCUCCAGUCCCAAGAAUUAUCUGUCUACCUUCCAGUAUGGAGAAUGAGAUGUUGUUACAAGACAUGGACAAAGUGAAGAAUAAAGUGUUUCAACUGGCCAGGCAGUUCAGCCAAAAAAUCAAAGGCACAAAGCCAAUAGUGACGCAGCGAGCAUCAAGAAAUAUGGAGAGCCUGCUGCAGGGGAGAAACCUGGCUUCUGUGCAAGAGGAAAAGCCAGACACAAGACGUAAAGGGAAACCAAAUUUGACAUUGACUGUUCCAUCGUAUAACCAAGUGAUCCUCCAGGAACUUACAUCACCUCCCCUGUGCAAAUCUCCCAGUCCAGAUUACAGUGGUAACCAGAGUCCAGCCCAGGCGGCCGACGUGUGUGUUGGUGGUCCUUGUGCGUCGCCACUUAAUCGAGGAAGCUCUAAAAGUUUAAUCAGCCCUUGUCAAGCAGAGAUGUUCAGUUGGCCUGAUGUACAAGAACUGCGCUCGAUGUAUAACAAGAGGGGCUCCAGCAACGCACAGCCUAAAAUGCACUGGGUCGGUCGAAGUUGUUCUGUGCCCGAGAAGAUGCUUGCUCAUUCUGGGGAAUUUCUUGAAAGUGCCCGGCCCACUUGUGGAUUUAGAUUUAACGCGCCAACGCAGAUGCGUGACAGAACGUGUUCCACAAGUGCCGCAGACUCUCACGCCUAUACGUCCAGUCAGGGUGAAAGCCACAGUCAUGGUAGAAUCUGUCGAACAGGCUCUUUAGAUCAACACUUCAGUGGUCAACAGUUGGAAAGCUUGCAGAAUCUGUCCAGCAGGGGUCACUGCUGCAAAAACACUUUCUACACGUCUGGGGAGAGUAACUUGCCCCGCGAUAAAAAGUUGAUUGUUAUUGAGAAAAUGGCAGAAAAUGAUUUACCUGCUGAUUUUCCAGAAGAAGAGGAAGAGCAAAACGUGGACGAUGAAAGUUUUGUGCAAAUCCGUUCCCCCACCACAAGGGAGAAGAUUUCCAUUCGGGCGGUCAUUGAGCGGUGUAAGGCCUACCAGGACUCGGAUGAAUAUCACCAAAGGCAACAAGAAGCGGAGAAAGCGGUUUUGUCAAACAACCACAAUAUUGAAUUCAGGAAGUGCUCCUCUGCCAAAAAAAGCGAAGCUCACCAGCAGAGUCUGGUGAAGAACCUCCGAGAGAAAUUUCAGAAUCUGAGCUCAAACACUUGAGCUCCGUAAGCUUGUUUCCGUGAUGGAUGGUAAGAAAGACUUAAUGGUUUCUUAAUGGAUAUAUAUGAGCUACUGCUUUAAUGAACCAGUCCGUUCGUUUAAAGAUCCUUCAAGAGCCCAAAGAAUUC